UGUUUUCUUGCUGGCUCUCAGCGCUCCCCCAAGAAAAUGUUUUAAAAUGUUAGAAACGUGUAUAUAGGCUGAGACAUUGGUUAGAUAGUGUGUGUGCUCAAAUAAUAAAACCUUGCUGCGGUUUUCCAUCAAACCGCCCCGAACAUGAGUUCGUGAUUGUUUGCGCGCAUGUUUUCUAUGACUCUGAAGUUAAAACAACGCCCAGUCGGUAAGUGGCUUUAUGUACGAUUGCUCGAACAAGUGCCCGUGAUGAUAUACACCAUAAGUCCCCCCGCAACCACUCUCGUGCGUGUUUUUUCUGUUUUUAAAUCCCUAACCGUCCCGCUGGUGCAAACAAACCUACGAAAUUUGUCGAACAAAAAGUUCAUUAAAUCAGACCAAACACACUUUGUGUGCUUACGCCUUUCUCGGUCGCUGUUGAGUUCGCCUUCCGCCUUCUUAGGCUCGGAGGGUUUUACGAGCUCUACCUCCUCAGACAUCAUUAAUCCACGUGCCCACCACGCCAGGCGCUUACAGUUCAAUAGUAAAAUCGUCUCCUGUCUUUAGAUUGAUGAUAUAGAGCCUCGUUGAGAGAGAAAGGUCGGUUAUCUGUCCAGAUCCCACUCGUUUCUGUUUAGUCUGUCCAAGCAUGGGCGUUAUAGUGAAGCCGAUGACGGUAUGUUUUGUGUCGUUGGAAAGCUAUUGACAGUGGGAUUUAUGGCAGGACGAUUCGGAUUAAUUAUUCAUUUUUAUCUUAGAAAGUCAUUUCCACAUAGACUGACCAAUUGCAGGCCACGUUAUGUAUCCGGAUUAGCAAUUUAAAGCGCAAAUAUUCAUAGAAGUCAGCAGCAGUGUAGACAGUCCAGACUGCACAAUUUGAACUAGUAUACUGAUGACUUAUGCAAGCGGUAUUUUUUCAAUUAUUUUAAACUUUUUCUCGCAGACAGUUGCACCACGUACAGCGUGUUAACAUUCGCGUCAUUGACUCUCCAUUUACGUCACCGAGGCCGUCGAAUUAGUAGCGAAAUUUUACUUUUAUUUAUGUUAGCUGUCGACCAAUUGACGUCUUUCAACGCACCUCAAACGUCAUCGUUUCAUUCCACGCCACCUCAGCCGACUCUUUGAGAUGUUUUAACAGAUUCUAUCUCUAUUUAAUCACCACGCAAUAGAACGAUAGGCAGCUGUAGGCAGUUUUCGUUUGGAAUUAUCAUAUACAAUUUGCUUUUUUUUAAUAACUCCUUGGCUUAUGUGUAGGCGUCACGAAGUUGUGCAAUCUAGCUAAGCAUGUCACGCAUCUAUCCCAAUAGAGUGUAAAUUCUUUUUAAUUUCACGCUUACCUUACAGCAGUAAUACUCUUGAAAUACUCCGUCCUUUUGUAGUAUAUGCAUUAGUAAAACUAGUUAUUUGCAUUUGUGGUUCGAUUCUUUGUAAACAAAACCAAUAUGAAUAUGGACGACCUUCACCAUGUUACUCCAAUAAAAAUGGAACGCAACGCAUCUUACAACAGCGGCCCAAUAACGGUGGAUGGCGGAUACUUAACCAUGGACCCAUGGAACACACCCAAGCACCUCAUCGCCCACAAAAACCCACCCAAACCCUCCGUCAACUCUGCGAGGAAAUCGCUGUUUUCAAUUCCUGCGCCAGUCAAGCCGAAGCAGUCAAACGGUGUUUCCCCGGAUACGAGAAACGACUCUGCUAUGGACCGACCCCCUGAAGGAAGCUUUGAUCCUGACUGUUUCUCGGAUAUAUGGAACAACCAGUUAAGCCAACAGAGCGAAAUCACCAGUUCUCAGCAGAUCUACACGUUCAAUGAAAACACUGAUGGGCUCACCAACUCCCUAACAAUAGACCUUCUCACCGAGUUCCAGCAGUUCGAGCAAGGACCUACCAGUGAUGCCAACGCAGGCGAAAAUCAAGCUGGAAACACUGAGAAACACGACGGAAAUGAGGGUUCCUACCAAUGUUUGAGCAACUUUCCGACCAGCAACCCCCCUAUGAGGUCAUACUCAAACGAUAUGACGCAACAGAACACAAUUAAUCAGCAUCAUCCGGCAAACAUGGCGAACCUUGUAACCACGUCCUCCCACCCCAUCAACCAACACAACCUCGUCUACCAUUCCACCAGCCCCAACACGGGAGAUGCCCCUAACAGCACCCAGAACAGCCCAUACGCCCCAAGUCCAUGUGGGGGUUACGAGUACCCCACCUCACCCCUCUCAUCUAAACCCACUAUCCCACCAAGCACCGAUUACCCUGGGGAGUGGGACUUUCAAAUCAACUUUGGCGAAGCGACCGAAUCUGCCCCGAAAAGUGCCCAAUACACUUAUUCUCCAAUUAUAAACAAGCUCUUCGUCAAAAUGAACGUCACUUGCCCAAUCAAAUUCAAGUGCGCUCGCCCGCCACCUAACGGAUGUGUUGUACGCGUCAUGCCUGUCUUCAAACGACCUGAACACGUGACCGACAUCGUCACGAGAUGUCCAAACCACAAGAUUCCAGACCAAGCACAACACAUUCCCCACUCACAACAUCUCAUCAGGGCAGAGAUGCCUGGUGAGAACCCAGCCAUUUAUAACGUGGCUAUGGAUGGCAGAGAAAAUGUAGCUGUGAUGUUCGAACGACCACAGAUUGGAGCUGAAUACACCACUGUACUUUACAAGUUCAUGUGCUUAUCUAGCUGUGUUGGUGGAAUCAACCGGCGACCCCUUAAUGCUGUGUUUAACCUUGAAAAUGCAGAAGGACAAGUAUUAGGACGAAGAGUGGUUGAAGUAAGAGUAUGCUCGUGCCCUGGAAGAGACAGAUCACAAGAAGAGAAACGGAAGAGAACAGCAGAGUCGGAGGUUAAGAGUGGAUCGAAAAGAACAUACAAAUGCAUGCAAGGCUCGAUGAAUAUUGUUCAAACCGCCCCUGCAAAGCGGAAGUGUGCCAUGAACGGAAAUGACGAUCAAGAAGAAUUCACGCUCAAGAUCCGAGGUCGAGAUAAGUUUGAGAUGCUAAAGAAGAUUAAAGAAGCUCUGGAUCUUGCGGAGGUUGCCGCUCACCAACAAGUGGAGAACUAUAGAGAUGAAGAUGCAAGAACACGUCAAAGUACAUCCUCUGCAGCGCCACCAAGAGAAGAAAGUUCCGCGUCCACUUCGCGAGCUGGGCAAGCGAGCACGAGCGCUUUAUGCAUGACUGAGCACGUUUCCCAUGGAAGUCAGGGGUUUUCCCUUACCCCCACCCACUCGAGCCACCCUCUUACCGUCACCCCUACCUUGGAGCCCCCUAUUGUUGAAGGGAAAACCCCGUACACUCAUAAUACCAGCGCUUACCCAGGCAUGGUGGAUCAAUCAUACUGGUCAACGGAAAGUGAUCUAGGAUACGACAUACCAGACACCAAACAACCAACAACGACGGGCAAUGGUUUACCUAACUGGCCAAACCAGGAAAGCCUUGAUUCGAACCCAAAGUUACUUCGCAACAUAAGCGGCCUCUCAUCUGUUUCAAGUCUCACAUCGUCUCAACUGAGCAGUCAAACAGCAGGUCGUUUUGUUACGCGUGUGACGUUACGACAAACUGUUGCGCUCAAUCCUGAUAUGCCUAACAGUCAACGAUGGGACCAUGAUACCACGAGCGACAAUGAAGACGUCACCAGAAAUGACGUCAAGCGCGAACAUGAUAACGUCACCAACACUGAUAGUUUUGAUUUUCUAUAAAACUCGCCACGGAUGAAGUCGAUUUUGGUUCCACGUUUUUAUGGCGACCAUCGACAAAGCUGCUCUUGGGCGACCUUUUGUGCAUUUUUAGGCAACUUGAGACAAAGUCCUGAACAUUAAAGUUUUUACUUAUGUAUAUGGCGGCCUAGUGUUGCCAUACAGAUUUUAAAAGAAAUUGGGCAGAAAAAGAUAAAUUUGGCAACACUUGGCCACCAUGUUUUUUUUUAAUAAAAUGCUCGCUAUUUUGAAUUAUGCUGCUCUUUCUAUCGUGUCUUAAACCAUAGUAUACUGAAGUGAUAGUACGCUAACGAGACCACGUGACCACUUUUCACGCAUGAGUGCACAGUUGCACUUCGCCCGACAGUUCAGCCAGACAGUGCAGUAUAACAGUGCAAGGCAGAGUCCGUAUAUAAGCAUUUUUAUAUGUUUAUAUACGGAAAAGGAUCGCGAAAAUUGUUGUAUAAUGUACAGUGACACAUUUUUAAUAGUUUAGCGAAUUUGACUGAUCGUUUGCGUAAAGAAAUUACAUUUGUAGCCAGAUUGGAAAUAAUCAUCA